AAAUCCAGAUCAUUCGUGUGUCGGCGACGGGAAACUGUGUAACGUUCCCUCAUAGGACUCAAAUUUAUUCUUAAUACCGCUUAACCGUAUCCAGUGAGUAAUUCGCGUGAAACGCCGUACGUCUCUACAAAAAAUUUCAAUUUUCACACAGUUACAGUUCAUCUUCGAGAGGUGAACUAUUUAUUAAGUACUAAGUGUGACAGUACGUUACGCGAUAACGUCAAAUUACAUUAGUAAACGACGCGUUGUCAUUUUAAUAAAUUCAUUUUUGUGAUUGUUACUCAUAAGCGCUAACGCGUUCUUAAUCAUUUUUAUUACUUUAAUAAUACAGUAAAAUAAUUCGUCAUGUCUGAAAGAGAAGAAAAUGUGUACAAGGCAAAGCUCGCCGAACAAGCUGAAAGAUAUGACGAAAUGGUGGAAUCCAUGAAAAAAGUAGCAUCAUUAGAUGUAGAGUUAUCUGUAGAAGAGCGAAAUCUUCUCUCUGUGGCUUACAAAAAUGUUAUUGGCGCCAGACGUGCAAGUUGGCGUAUAAUUUCAAGUAUUGAACAGAAAGAAGAAAAUAAGGGUGCUGAAGAAAAAUUAGAAAUGAUACGACAAUACAGAUCACAAGUUGAAAAGGAGUUGCGAGAUAUUUGUUCUGACAUUUUAAAUGUUCUUGAUAAACAUUUAAUAGCUUGUGCUGCUUCUGGUGAAUCUAAAGUCUUCUAUUACAAGAUGAAAGGUGAUUACCAUCGGUACUUAGCUGAAUUUGCUACUGGUGAUGACAGGAAAGAAGCCGCUGAACACUCACUAGUUGCUUACAAAGCUGCUAGUGAUAUUGCCAAUCAAGACUUACCCCCUACUCAUCCAAUAAGGUUGGGUUUGGCUUUGAAUUUCUCUGUUUUUUACUAUGAAAUUCUCAAUACCCCUGAUAGAGCAUGUCAUUUAGCUAAGAAAGCAUUUGAUGAAGCUAUUGCUGAAUUAGAUACCUUGUCUGAAGAAAGCUACAAAGAUUCCACAUUAAUCAUGCAAUUAUUAAGGGAUAAUUUAACGUUGUGGACCUCAGACAUGCAAGGAGAUGGUACAGAAGCUGAACCGAAAGAGCAGCUUCAAGAUGUUGAAGACCAAGAUGUCUCAUAAAUAUGAUAGUGGAUUGCACUAAAAUUUAAAUUAAUAACUAAAUUGUCAUCGAAAAACUAUGUCUGUGUACAAAUAUUAUAAUAUCAAGUAUGAAACAUUAAAUUAUGCAUUCAAUAGUAACAGCUCUAAAAAGUUAUCACGACUCACUCCAAGACUGUCAAAUAUUUUUCAUACACUUUGAUUUUGUGUUAUUAUACUGGCAGGGGAGAUAUGGCAUAGCAAUUCUACUUCAAAAUACUCCAAAAUUUUAUUGUCUAUUAUUAUUAUUACUUUUUUUUUUUUUUGUUCAGUAUUAUAUGUUAAAAGUUUUAUUUUUAUAUUUAAAUUAUAAGGCUUUUAUUAUUAUAUAUUUUUUCUUUUCUUUUAUUAUAUUUUUUAGAAAAAAAAAUAGAAGAAAAGUAGCAGGGAAAACAAAAGUAAACAUAAUAUUUUGUAUUAUUUUUCACUUAAAAUAUAUUUAUGAAAUAUAGAAAUAAUCGUAAAAAUCUCAUUUCUGUUUCUGAUUUAAAUUAAAAAAAAAAAAAAUUAGUAAGAGUUCCUGAUAUUAUACCAGUGAUUUUUUCUUCAUGUGAUCAUUUUAUUUUAUAUUCCUUGAAUAAAUGAAAUCUUUUUUUUUUAAUUAUAGCACAAUAAUUUCUACAUCACAUUUAACAUUCAAUAUAAUAUUUUAUUAUUUGCUUAUAUAUAAAUAAAACUAGAUCUGGCUACUUUUAAAUUUAGCCAUUUUACAUGCAGACUAAAUAUUUUUAUGUAUAUAUGUAUGUAUAUUUACAUGAUAAAUUCAACAUUCUAUGUCAAUUAGUUUAUACUUUUAUACUGAAUAUUUAUGACAUACAUUAUAAUGUGGAUAAUUAAUUUCAUUUCUUAUACUUUCUUCCAACCCCUGCCUUAAUAUUUAAAUUAAAGCUUUUGUGUUAUCUACUCUGCCCUUGUAACUAUAACAGCAAUAAUUAAUCAUAAUUACUUUUAAUGGAUUUAUAUAUUCAGUAUUAGUAACAAAAAUAAUGUAACAUUAACAUUUUAAUAUCUGUCAUUCCACCAAAAAGAACUUAGGUUAUGCAUUUAUUGUAGAAAUAUUACUACUAUAAGAUUUAUUAUUACUAUUAUUAAUAUUAUUAUUAAUUUACAUUAUGAAAUGGAAAUUUUAUUACAAAAAAUUACUGCUUUCUCUUAGUGUUUUCCAGGAGUUUGUUUUAUAGUAAUUAUUAUAACUAUUAUAUUAAAUAAUAUACUUAAAUAAAGUAACAAGGUGUUGUAUUGAUAGAAUUACUUGGCAACUUAAUUUUAGCUAAAUUUGUAGUGCUAUGAAUAUAUCAAUUCGCCGUAUUACAAUGAUGGCAUUUAAUUUUUUUUUUUUUUGUGAUAUAUUUUUAUUAUUAUCCUAGUUAUUAUUUACUGUAACCAUGUACUGACAAUAUUUGUGUGUAAUUUUUACUGUAUAUUAAACAAGAUGAAUACGGACCAAAAUGUUUAUCUGAAACAAAUAUUCGUGUAGUCAUUAGCCAUUUAUUGAUUACUUAGUAUUAUAUAUUGUGUAGACUUUUUCUACUUUUCGGUAUACGUGACUAUUUUUUAUUAAAAUUAUUGUGUUUAAAAAAAAUCAUUUGACAGUGUUUCCGGAGUGUUUCUCUUUUGCCAGUUAUCAGUUGUGUAAAGUAUUUUAUAAUAUGUUUAUAUAUUUAUUUAAAAUAAUGCAUUUAAAUAAUAAGUGAGUAGGUGAGAUUGGGUGGCUGUAUACCCUAAUCCAUCCUUUCUGCCUUACCUAUUAUAUUAUUAGACAUGCCAGUAAUUUUUUAUAUGCAGUUUUAAGAUGUAUAUUAAUAAUUGUCUCUUAAUUAUAUUACAAAAUAUUUAAACUAAAAUAA